AUGCAAAAUAAUUCAUCGAUCAUUGAAAUGGAAGCAGAACGUGCAGACAAUCAAUUAACUAGUGACAUGCAACUUGGCACAACACCCACGUUUACAAUUGAACUAAAACAUAUUACGAACGCUAUCUCGGCAUUAAAGAACAAAAACUCGGCAGGUCUCAAUGAUGUAUCAAAUAAAAUGAUCAAGUUAUUACCUAAACCAUAUCAUACACUAAUAUGGUCCUCCUUCAAGUCAUUUGCAUCGAGCUUAUGUUCUCCGCCACACUGGCAUGUCGCCAAAAUGAUCCUAUUGUCAAAAACCAAAACGAACAUAGUAAAUGUGUGUGAUACACGCCUCAUCUUACUGUUGCCAUAUUUUUCAAAGCUAUACGAAAAAAUUUUCCUAAUACAAUUACAUAAAUGGGUAAAUGAUAAUGGUAUUCUACCGGAUGAACAAACCGGAUUUCGACCUGGCCACAAUAUGGCAGUACGCUUGGUUUCAAUCAUAGAUCAAAUUGGCCAAUGUUUAGCUUUGAAUACAGCAGCGGCGGCUAUUUUUGUGGAUUUCAAAGCAGCAUUUAAUCAAUUGUGGUACAAAGGUCUAUGGCUCAAACUAUACAAGCUAAAUUGUCCAACAUAUUUAAUAGCAUGGCUAAGGAAUUACCUAGCCGGGCGCGCGGCGUAUAUUGAAAUAAAAGAAACAAAGUUCAGCACUUUUACUCUCUACAAGGGCGUACCACAAGGGUCAUGCAUGACCCAGCAAUUUUUAUAG